AGCGCAUCCGGGGCUGCAAUCCACAGUGCGAGGCUAGGCCAAUGUGUGGUGUGCUCCCAUGAUUGACUCUUGUCUCUCCGUUAGCGUUUCCCGUCGACUUCUUCUAGAUGCGCUACCUAUUGAUCACAGUUUUUCUUGUCUUCUUUUCGUUUGACUGGUCUAUCUUGGCUCAAGCAUCUGUCUUGCUGUUUCUGUGUGGUGUUGGGUUUUUGUCUGUAGCUGGAUAUUCUGGAGCUGUCCAGUCUAAUGAGCUGUUCCAGGUUGUUAGUCAAAGGCAUCCUGUGCAAUCUAGAACCUGUCUUGGACAACUUAGCGGAAGAUGCCAAGAGACACCACGUCAGUUAAGAAUGGACAAACGACUGACAGGAGCUACAAUAAUUGAUCAACCAAUGCAAGAGAUUCUUGAUCUCACUUUCAGAGACUGUGUUGAGUGGUGGUAUUACGAAUUUCUUGGAACAAGUCCAUUAUUUCUACACGAGCUUCGCCAACUUGCACAGCAUGUUGUUGUGGCAUUUGCUAAUAAGUCAAAGGAGACAGAUUGGGUGCCUUUCUUUACACAGCGACUUGUAGAUGACUUUGCAACACAUCUUCGUCUCUACAGAGCAGCGCAAGAAAUGGUCAUAAAAAAACAUGACAGUUUAUCACAAUCUAGCUCACAAAAGGAUGAAAUUGUUCAUGCAUUUUUUGAUGUUGAGAGUGAGUUGGAUAGUUCGCAUUCAUUCCGGAGUAUAUGCACCUCAUCAGAGAAAGAGCAAGAAUUUUUAAGAGAUUUGUCUGAGAUCUUGCUCUAUCUGCUCUUACCUCCAGAUGACUUCCAUAACAAAAUUCUUCGUCUCUUGGCUAGGGAAUUAAUUGUUGGUAGAGGCUUGUUGCCUACCAUUGAAGCAGUUUGUGAUUCUGACUAUGUCAACCAGACGAUAGCUUGGCUAUGCUAUGAUUGGGCAUUCACAUCAGAAGCGUUUGCUGAUAUUGUCAGACACAGUUUAGACUUGACUGAAGUAUCGGAAGUAGACAGUCAAGUUGAUGAUGAUAUUGGCAAGUUGAGAGCUAAAGAUCGAAUUGUAGCUGACUCUAAGGUGAAACAAAAAUUAAGCAGUCUGAAGUAUCUGAAAAAGUUGUGUUGUACAAGACAGAAAGAACUGCAGUGUGAAGUCAGUACUACUGAUGUUCACCCUUUGGGGAAACAUAAGGAAAACCAUACUGGAUUUGAACAAAUUAUUAUUCCUCUUAGUUCCAUACUUUCUAAUUCUUCAACAUUUUGUUUAUUCUCUGAUUGGAUUGAGUUUAAUGCAGAAGGAAAGCGUUUUUUGAACUUUUGGCAAAACAUUGAACUAAUUGAAAUUAUUCAAAUGGUUUGGAAAACCAGUAGAGUCCCUCAAGAUUGGAAAGACUUCAUUUUGAUCCCACUGUUAAAAAGACAUCCGUCAAGUACAUGGCAACAACUGUCAAGUAUGUGACAACAACCUUGGAAUCACUUGGUGUGUUCCUGGGAAGGUAGCAUCAUUCUCUUUAAUAAGUUGGUUGAAAAAAGUG